GCAGACGCCUUGACAUGCUUGAUUGAAACUGUCAAUAAAAUGUCAUGAUUUAUCGACCUCUGUUAGCUUUAUUUAGGUCAACUUUAGUACGAACAACUCUUAAAUAUACACUGACUCGAAACAUGGCGGCAUUGCGUCCUAAAGAAGAAGAUUCGUUGUUGAAAGGAGUCGUUGUUUCCAGGGUGAUGUUACCAGAUGAUGCAAAUAAUGCUGGUAAUGUCCAUGGAGGAGUCAUCCUGAAACUGAUGGAGGAAGCAGGGGUCGUCAUUGCCACAAGAUAUUGCAAUAGGCAAGCUGUGUCAAGUAAAGCAAACCCUGUGAUAGCCGCCCUUGCUAGAGUUGAGAGCAUGGACUUUCUGCUGCCAAUGCAUAUAGGUGAGGUAGCUGAAGUCAUGGCAGAGAUAAGGUACACGGCUAGUCAUUCCUUGGAAGUUAUUGUUGAUGUCUGGGCGGAGGACAUCCUUCAUGGGACCAAGCGUUUCACCAAUAAAGCCACUCUCUGGUAUGUUCCAUUCAAUGUCGAAACAAACAGUGUAGCCGCUGUUCCACCGAUGGAAUAUGAAAGUCCAGAAAUAGAGGAAAGAGGACGACUGGCGUAUGAACGCCAGAAAUUAGAACGGUCGAAGACAACUCCAAGUCUUAUGUCACCUCAUCCUAUCUGUGACAAUCAACAACAAGGGUUCUGGCCUGAACAGCACACGGUGCAAUAUUCCCAGACAACUCUGACCCAUUUGAUCAUGCCAUCAGACUGUGCUGUCCACGGUUACGCAAUGGGUGGCGUCAUCAUGAAGCUGAUGGAUGAGUGUGCUGGCGUUGUGUCGGCCAAACACUGUCAUUCCAAUGUUGUUACUGCCUCAAUUGACACAAUCAACUUCCAUGGGAAAGCGAAGAAAGGAAGUCUCUUGACUGUGAUUGGUCGAGCCACAUUCACAAGUAGUCGAACGGUUGAAGUUGAGGUGAACGUGGAUGUAGAAACGAUCCAGACCUUUGCCAGUCAAACUAAAGAGAGGGCAGUCCAUGCAUACUUUAAUUUUGUUUCAUUGGAUAAACAGAGGAAAACACUGCAAGUUCCGCCGCUAAAGGUGAAAUCACCCGGAGAGCUUCAGAGGUGGGAGGAGGGAAAAGAACGGUAUGAGGUAAAGAAGAGAUCACGAUUGAAAGCCAAGGAAGAGGAGAGAAAGAAAAAAGAAGAAUUGGAGACAAGUAUGUUGACUCCUUUGAUGUCUAAUAUGUAGCUUGGCGAUCUCAAAAGUGAAGACAACGUAUGUCUUAUUGAACUUUAACUUAAUAACAGGGUAAAGUCUGACUGUACUUACUAUGUAUACUGUUAACUGUGAAAAUUUUGGAGCUUUUAAUUUUUUUCGCAAUUUUUUUAUAAUGCAUUGUCGAACAGAAUUUUCAAAAGCUUGAAAAUGUAUAAGUUUAUCCAAAAGUAUUAAAAUUCAGCAAAGAAUGCCCUAUUUAUCGCCAAUUGAAAAUGAGUAAAUGUGCCAACUUUUAAUGUCAGGAAAGUUUCAUGGUUUACAGUAAUUGUGAAAUUAUCUUGUUUACAUGUAGCGUCCUCUAAAGAGGUGUGUUCUCUUAGCCGGGUAGGGUAGUAGGCUUACAUAUCAUUGAAUGUAAAACUAAGAAUUGAUGACAUGUCUUUUCUUAUAUACCAUACCAUGUGCAGUCAUGGAGUCAAGAGUGAAAUCUGUUGCAUUUAAAGUCAUUAGAAAUGAUUAUUUGAUGUAUAAAACCAGCAAUAAACAAUUGUUUUAGCUAA